AGUAAUGUAAGCACUUAGCAGUUAGCACAUGAAAAUUACUGAUAAACCGGCCACAGACUUCCCAUUCCUAAAUUUCCAUUCCAUUCCCACUUUUUGACGCAUCACAUCACACAUGGGCAUGGCCUGUUUAUACUCAGAUUUGGCUUGCCUUCUACACUUAUCCUUUUCUUCCAUUGUUUUACUUCCCGUUAUUCCUCUACAACCCACAGCAACCGAACAAUUUCCCAUUUUUGGUCUGCUGUUUGUACAUAAACUUUACUGGGUGAUAAAUAAUUGUCAUAGUUUGGUGUGCUCGAAUGGAAGAUGACAAUAACGUAAAGGAGCUCCUAAUACCAGAACACUGCUUUCAAAAAGACAACAUCAAGAGGAGAAGAUUUCGCCGAGUUAGAAGUGCACCUCUUAUUGAGCACACACCCGGAGAAGUAAACGGCAGUGAUGCUGUUUCUAGCAGAUCUGAAUCUCUGUUUCGCAAUCUCAAUCUGCAUCCUAGUUUUAUACAAAUAGCUUCUUAUUUGUGUAUUUACCUGAGUGUGGGCGUUCUUGGGUUUUACUUAGUCAGAAAUCACAUAUAUGGUCAAAAGACAAAUGUUAUCGUCGAUGCUCUUUAUCUCUGUAUUGUCACCAUGACAACAGUGGGAUAUGGGGAUCUGGUUCCAUUGAAUGUCGCCGGAAAGAUCCUUGCGUGUGCACUUGUCUUCUUAGGCAUGGCUUUGGUUGGGUUAGUUCUUAGUAAAGGAGCAGAUUACCUUGUUGAAAAGCAGGAAGGUUUGCUUGUCAGAGCUUUGCAUAUGAGACAAAAACUUGGUCCUAGCGACAUCAUGAAGGAAAUAGAAACAAAUAAAGCUACAUACAAGUUUGUAUUGGCCUCAGUAAUUCUCUUAGUACUCUUCAUAACUGGAAUAAUUUUCUUGAGAUUUGUUGAGAAGUUGGAUAUAGUGGAUGCAUUUUACUGUGUAUGCUGCACCAUUACUACCCUGGGUUAUGGAGAUCGCAGUUUCUCAACAGAAGGAGGACGUAUAUUUGCAAUCGUGUGGAUUUUGACAAGCACAAUAUGCUUAGCUCAGUUUUUUCUAUAUCUAACCGAGAUGCAUGCCGAUAAGAGACAGAAGCACCUGGUUCAGUCUGUCCUUAGUCGACAUAUGACGAAUCUCGAUCUUGAGGCAGCUGAUCUUGAUGAUGAUGGAAAUGUCGAUGCUGCUGAAUUUGUUGUAUAUAAGCUCAAAGAAAUGGGGAAAAUAACCCAGGAAGAUAUAAACCUUGUUAUGGAAGAAUUUGAAGAACUUGAUGUUGAUCAGUCAGGGACUAUCUCCGCAUGUGAUUUAGCAUUAGCUCAAACGUCUCAAUAAGAAAGAGAACCAUGAUCUGGUUGUUGGAGACCGUCUUGUGCAGUUUUGGAAAGAUUCAAGAAUUUGAUGUAUAUAUUUUCGGUAAAUAGCUUGAUUAUACUGUAAGUAGCUUGAUUACAAAUUUAAUUUCCUCUAUUUCUUAAGGGAUGGGUUAUAUGGUUUCACUGAUUCCUUGUCGUUGCUCUUUGUUCAUGGUUCUGCAUUUCCGAUCCACAUUCAUGAGAUUUCAUUUCCUACAUAAUUGAAAUAAUACAAUUUUAGCUGCAA